AUGGACAGACAACAGGAGCAGGAAUCCGAUAACUCGAGCGAAGUAGCAUAUCUCCGGGAAGAUCAACUACGUGCACAGCAUCAUCGCCCCCCAGCCAUUGAUGAUGCUAUAAAGAUAGGAGAAAGUACAGCAAGAGUGGCUAUGUUAAAGUUCUGUGAAGCAAUUAUCAAUACUUUUAAGGAACAAUAUUUGCGUGACCCGACCACCGACGACUUAGCACGAUUGUUAGCUGAAAACAAAGAACGUGGAUUUCCGGGGAUGAUAGGCUCUCUGGAUUGCAUGCACUGGCGGUGGGAUGCAUGCCCUGUGGUGUGGAGAGGCCAAUACAACGGGCGCUACGGCUACCCAACAUUGAUAUUAGAGACAGCUGCUUCCCAAGACCUAUGGAUAUGGCAUGCAUUUUUUGGAAUGCCUGGUACCAAUAACGAUGUUACAGUUUUGGAUUAUUCACCCUUGUUCAACAGAUACAUGGACGGAACAGCGCCGCCGAUCGAAUAUGAGGUGAAUGGGAGGCAAUACAACCUCCCAUACUACUUGACGGAUGGUAUAUAUCCCAAGCAUGCAGUUUUCAUGCAGGCAAAAAACAAUCCGGUUACUGCCAAAGAACGAGCGUUUACUACGUUGCAAGAAGCUUGUCGCAAAGAUAUCGAAAGAGCAUUUGGCGUACUCCAACAAAAAUGGCGUAUUUUGGCCAUGCCCGCUCGAAUGCGAAAGACAAGCGAUUUGCUACGUGUAAUGACUACGUGUAUUAUUCUACACAAUAUGAUUGUCGAAGAUGAGUGUGGUCACAAUCUUCCCGUUUGGACACCACCAAUUGAAGAGAAUCAAAAUUUCCCCGAGCAUGAGCAGUCAGUUGAAGAUGUUCGUCUCUUAUAUCGCAUUAGGAUGGGUAGAAUUCGUAAUUCUGAAACUAAUGUAAGACUAUGCGAUGAUCUCAUUAAUCACCAGUGGAUGAGAUCGGGUGGGGAAAACAUCUAG